AAAAACCCUCUCCCUAGAUUCUGUAUUGUUCUAGGAAUGGAACCUUCUGUUAAGAGGUUUAUGAGCAAGGAAAUAACUGUAUUGAUAGGCACCCGAGUUUGAUAUCAGUAUAUUUCGCAAUGUAACUUAUUCAAUCAUGUUAUAAUCAUAUCUUUAUUGGGUUUCCCCUGAGAAAAACCGAGAAGGUAAAAUUUUUGUUCUGUGUACCUCAAUGUCUUCUUCAGAUUAACCAAUAUUUCCGUAACUAUCCCUUGCCUCUUUUUCCCCUUUCUGCAAAUCUAUACUACAUUAAAACUUAAAUGCACCAUAUUUCCCUUUUCAACAUUUUGCUAGAUGUCCAUUUAGCUAAUUGGGGAGAUUUGCUAAUUUGGAAUGCCUUUACCUCAGAUGGUAUUGGUGAUUAACAAUGACAUAGAGCAGACAUUCUUUAGUCUUCAAAUGUCUUUAUUCUGCAGGCAAACUUCAAUGUGCAAAGGAGUCAUCUGGAGGGCUUGUAAGAACACAGAAUGCCUGGACCUUUCCCUAGGAAGUCUGGGAAAUUUAUAUAUCUAAAAAUAUCCAAAUUUAGUAAUUUUAGUUGACUGUUAAGAGAAUUAAAUCCUUCACAAAGAUAGGAUUUUUCCUUAGUAGAGACCCUUUUGAUUUAAACAGAGAGAUGACAUAAUUAAUGUGUUGAGAGAAAGCAAGCUGAAAACAAAACAAGUGGUGGAGAAAUUAUAAGAAUACUGUGUGAAAUAUUCUGUAUGUGAAUAAGGACAGAAAGGUGACGUAUUUAGUCAUUUAUUAUGCAUACAUAAAUAUCAAUGUGUGUAUGUGUGUUAUAUAGAUAUAAUAGAUAUCAAAAUAGCUCAAAGGUAUUGAUUCAACAAUAUAUUGUUUUGGCAGAAUAUAAUGGAAAUAUUUUCCAAAGGAUCAACCUCAAAAUAUUGAGCCUAAUCUAGAGAAUAUGCUUAUAGAGGCCGAUUGCUUGUCUUAGAAAAUGCAUACAUUUCUCUUUACAAUACUUUAUUCCUUCAUUUCUAUAACAAGGCGCUGAUUCUUUCAAGAAUGAUGGGGUCUACUCCAGAUAUUUUACAGCAUAUACAGAAAAUGGCAGAUACAGCUUAAAAGUACGGGCUCAUGGAGUAACAAACACUGCCAGGCUAAACUUACGGGAUCCACUGAGUAGAGCUGCAUACAUACCAGGCUGGGUAGUAAACGGUUUACCAUACCACGUGCAAAAAUGGUGUUCAGUCUGAAGGUGAUUCUCUUCCUAUCCUUGCUUCUCUUGCCUGUGUUGAAAAGCUCAUGGGUAACUUUAAAUAACAAUGGAUAUGAUGGCAUUGUCAUUGCAAUUAAUCCCAAUGUACCAGAAGAUGAAAAACUCAUUAAAAUCAUAAAGGCAAUGGUAACUGAAGCUUCUACUUAUCUGUUUUAUGCCACCAAACGAAGAGCUUAUUUCAGGAAUGUAAGCAUUUUAAUUCCAAUGACCUGGAAAUCAAAGCCUGAGUACUUAAUGCCAAAACAAGAAUCAUAUGACCAGGCAGAUGUCAUAGUUGCUGAUCCUUCUCUGAAAUACGGAGAUGAUCCCUAUACACUUCAAUAUGGACAAUGUGGAGAAAAAGGACAAUAUAUACAUUUUACUCCAAACUUCUUGUCGCAUAGUAAUUUGCUUAUCUAUGGACCUCGAGGCAGAGUAUUUGUCCAUGAGUGGGCCCAUCUCCGGUGGGGAAUAUUUGAUGAGUACAAUGAGGACCGGCCAUUCUAUAUUUCCAGAAGAAACACUAUUGAAGCAACAAGAUGUUCCACUCAUAUUACUGGUGCUAACGUGGUUCGGAACUGCAAGAAGAGCCGCUGCAUGACACGACCAUGCAGACGUGACUCAAAGACGGGGCUGUAUGAAGCAAAUUGUGUAUUUAUCCCAAACAGAUCCCAGAUUGCCAAGGAAUCCAUUAUGUUUAUGCAAAAUCUUGAUUCUGUGACUGAAUUUUGUACUAAAAAAACACACAAUACAGAAGCUCCAAACCUACAUAACAAAAUGUGCAAUCACAAAAGCACAUGGGAUAUAAUCAUGCGCUCUGAAGAUUUUCAGCACUUAUCUCCCAUGACAGAAAUAAAGUCACCACCUCAUCCUACAUUUUCAUUGCUCAGGUCCAAACAGCGUGUAGUCUGUUUGGUACUUGAUAAAUCUGGAAGCAUGGCUGCAGAAGACCGUCUCUUUCGAAUGAAUCAAGCAGCAGAACUGUACUUGAUUCAAAUUAUUGAAAAAGGGUCCUUCGUUGGGAUGGUCACAUUUGACAGUAGGGCUCAAAUCCAAAAUAAUCUCACAGAAAUAACUGAUGAUAACACUUACCAAAAGAUCACUGCAAAUCUGCCUCAAGAGCCUGAUGGUGGCACUUCAAUUUGUAACGGACUCAAAGCAGGAUUUCAGACAAUUUCCCAGAGUAACCAGAGUACUUUGGGUUCUGAAAUCAUAUUACUAACAGAUGGGAAUGAUGAUCAAAUAAGCUCAUGCUUCGAAGAGGUAAAACAAAGUGGUGCAAUCAUCCACACCAUUGCUCUGGGACCAACCGCUGAGAAAGAACUGGAGACCCUGUCAAAUAUGACAAGAGGACAUCGUUUUUAUGCCCAUAAUGACAUAAACGGCCUUACUGAUGCUUUCAGCAGAAUUUCAUCUAGAAGUGGCAGCAUCUUUCAACAGGCUCUUCAGUUGGAAAGUAAAGCUUUGAAUAUCCCAAAGAAGAAAUGGGUAAAUGGUACAGUGCCUGUGGAUAGUACAGUUGGAAAUGAUACUUUCUUUGUUGUCACAUGGACAAUACAAAAGCCAGAAAUAAUUCUUCAAAGUCCAAAAGGAAAAAAAUACACUACCUCGAAUUUCAAAGAAGAUAAACUAAAUAUUCGGUCUGCUCGUCUUCGAAUACCAGGUAUUGCAGAGACAGGCACUUGGACUUACAGCCUUCGAAAUAAUCAUGCCAAAUCUCAGCUGCUAACUAUCACAAUGACCACUCGACCAAAAAGCCCUGCCACACUCCCAGUAAUUGCAACGGCUCACAUGAAUCAAAAUACAGCUCGUUACCCUAGCCCAAUGAUUGUUUAUGCACGAGUCAGUCAAGGGUUUCUGCCUGUUCUGGGAAUCAAUGUAACAGCCGUUAUAGAAAAUGAAGAUGGACAUCAAGUAACAUUGGAGCUCUGGGACAAUGGUGCAGGUGCUGACACUGUCAAGAAUGAUGGCAUCUACUCAAGAUAUUUUACAGAUUACCGUAGAAAUGGUAGAUACAGUUUAAAAGUGCAUGCCCAGGCAAGAAAAAACACAGCUAGGCUAAGUUUAAGACAACAACAGAAUAAAGCUCUGUACAUACCGGGCUAUGUUGAAAAUGGAACAAUUAUAAUUAACCCACCCAAACCUGAAGUCAAAGGUAAAGUGACAGAAGCUCCAAUAGACAACUUCAGCAGACUCACCUCUGGAGGGUCAUUUACUGUAUCAGGAGUACCUCCUAAUAGUAAUUCUUCUCAGGCGAUCCCACCUGGUAAAAUUACAGACCUUGAAGCUAAGUUUCAAGGAGAUCAUAUUCAACUUUCAUGGACUGCCCCUGGCAAGGUUCUCGAUAAAGGAAGAGCUGACAGCUACAUCAUAAGAAUAAGUAAAUAUUUCCAGGACCUCCAACAAGAUUUUGACAAAGCUGCUUUAAUAAAUACUUCUGGUCUGAUACCUAAGGCGGCUGGCUCAGUAGAAAAUUUUGGAUUUAAACCAGGAUAUUCUAAAAUAGAGAAUGGCACCACAUUCUAUAUUGCAAUUCAAGCCACCAGUGAAGCCAGUCUCACCUCAGAGGUUUCAAACAUUGCACAAGCAACUAAAUUUAUUCCUCCACCAAAUCCCAGCAGUCCUGAUCUGGGUACCAGUAUUUCUGCAAUCAGUUUGGUAAUUUUUGGAUUAGCUGUGAUUUCAUAUAUAUUUUAAACUAGAAAUUAUAUUACAACUCAAAUUCAAUG